AACACUCGAUCUAAAUCCAUUUCAGUCGCGAUAAGGCCGCGCAGCGCCGAGGUGCCGUCGUCGGACACCCCCGCUCGGGGCCGACGUGCGCCGGUCCACACCCCGAGCGCCGCCGUCCGACAUCACCGCGCGCCACCGCCGUUCGCCGUCCGGAGAUUGCGGCCGUCCGACAUCCCCGAGCGCCGCCGUCCGACACCACCGCGCGCCACCGCCGUUCGCCGUCCAGAUCGACGUUCUUCGACCCCGCCAUCCGAGUCCUGCCUCGACGUUCUUCGACCCCGCUUCCCGAGUCCUGCCCUCACCAUCCCUCCAGCGGUUCAUGCUGCCGCCACCUACCGACGCGCCCGCACGCCGACAAUCGCCCGCCGGAUAAUUAGAGAACAGGUUUGGAGGAUGGAUGGUCAUAGUGCUAGCUUGGAGGAGAUAGAAGAAUAUCACAUGAUGGUUAGUCAGAUGUUUGCAAGCGAGAACCAAGGUUACGAGCACUACAACAGAUAUGCAAGAGCAAAAGGUUUUAGUGUCAGAUUGGAUGACAAGGAGUACGUGAAGGGCACCAGAGAGGUGAAAGCAAGACGUUUCUGCUGCUCUAAAGAAGGGCACCGAUUGGAGAAGUACUUUCAAGCGACUGACCAAAAAAGGGAGCCACGGGCGCUGACCCGUUGUGGUUGCAAAGCUAUGCUUGAGAUCCAACAUGAUGCAGGCAGGGGUCAGUGGUUUGUUAAGAAGUUUGUUGAUGUCCAUAACCACCCGCUAGCUGACCCGGACCAAUCUGCUUUUCUACGGUCUCACCGUCGGAUGAACGAUGCUCACAAGGCUGAUGCAGUGGAAUACGGACUUGGUGGUCUCCGUACGUUCCAAAUCAUGAAUGUGGCUGAGAAACAGCAUGGUGGCUAUCCUCAUGUUGGGUAUAUUUCCCGAGACCUGUACAAUUUCUUCGCCAGGUACAAGAAAAAAAGAAUCUUAGGCAGGGAUGCUGACUUUGUGCUGAACCAUAUGAGAGUACAGGAAGAACGAGAUGGUGAGUUUUUCUUCAAAUACACCACGGAUGAUGAAGGACAUCUUCGAAAUUUAUUCUGGGCAGAUUCACAGUCUCAGAUUGAUUAUGAAGCAUUCAGAGAUGUAGUUGUGUUUGACAGCACUUAUCGGGUCAACCGCUACAAUCUCGCUUUUGUUGCAUUUGUUGGACUGAACCAUCAUCGUAGUACUGUUGUUUUCGGGAUUGGUGUUGUUUCAGAUGAGACCCACAAGUCAUACGAGUGGCUACUUCAGACCUUUGUAGAGGCGAUGGGUAAUAAGGAGCCCAUAUCUGUUAUCACAGAUGGAGACUCGGCAAUGAGAAAAGCAAUUAGGAAGAUUUUGCCAAGGACAGACCAUCGGCUAUGCAGUUGGCACAUUGAGCAGAACAUGAUACGCCACCUGCGUAAUCGAAUGCUUGAUGACUUCAGAAAACUCAUAUACUGUCGAAUGGGAGUUUACCAGUUUGAGAAAUCAUGGGCUGAGUUCAAGGCGAACUAUUAG